GAGGCAAAAUGUGCCUAUGUGAUCAUCCUGAUGGCAGUGUACUGGUGUACAGAGGCCUUACCUCUGGCUGUCACUGCCCUGCUCCCUGCUGUCCUCUUCCCCAUGUUUGGCAUCAUGCAGUCCAAAGACGUGUGUAUGCAGUACCUGAAGGACACCAACAUGUUGUUUGUGGGAGGACUGAUGGUGGCGGUGGCAGUGGAGCACUGGAACCUGCACAAACGCAUUGCCCUCCGAGUGCUGCUCUUUGUAGGGGUGUGCCCCGCUCUUCUCAUGCUGGGCUUCAUGGGGGUGACAGCCUUCCUGUCCAUGUGGAUCAGUAACACAGCCACCACAGCCAUGAUGGUGCCCAUCGUCCAGGCUGUUCUGGAGCAGCUCAACAACUACACAGAGACUGAGAUGCCUCUGAUCCUCAGCACUGAGGAGAACCCCCAACCUCAGGACCCCACUGACAGCAAACAGAUAGAGAAACAGGCAGAGGGACAUGAUCCACUUGUGGAGGCUAUCUGGCGUAAGGAAGCUGCAGACAAGAAGAAGAUGUGUAAGGGGAUGACGCUGUGUGUCUGCUAUGCGGCCAGCAUCGGGGGCACUGCCACCCUCACAGGGACUGGCCCCAAUCUGGUGCUCAUGGGACAGAUAAACCAACUGUUUCCUAACAAUGGAGAUGUCAUCAAUUUUGCGUCCUGGUUCGGCUUUGCUUUCCCCAACAUGAUCCUGAUGCUGACCCUGGCUUGGCUCUGGCUGCAGUUUGUCUUCAUGGGAUUCAAUUUUAAGAAGACGUGGGGCUGUGGGGCAGUAAAGACAGAGAAAGAGAUAGCUGUGUACAAUGUGAUCAAGGAGCAGCAUCGUCAGCUGGGCUCCAUGUCUUUUGGAGAGCUGAGUGUGUUGGGUCUCUUCAGUUGUCUGGUGGUUCUGUGGUUCACCAGAGAUCCUGGCUUCGUGGCAGGCUGGGCCACAUACAUCUUUAACGCUGAUGCAGAGUAUGUAACUGAUGCCACCGUGGCAGUGUCCAUCGCUGUCCUUCUCUUCGUCCUGCCUUCCAAGCCCCCACGCUUCUGCUGCAGGAGGUCCCGAAGCUUUGACACUGAGCUUCAGCACCCGGCUGACCCCACACCAGCUCUGCUAACCUGGAAGGUGGCCCAGAAGAAGUUACCCUGGAGCAUCGUUCUCCUCUUGGGGGGAGGGUUCGCCCUGGCCAAGGGCAGCGAGGAGUCAGGUCUGUCUAUGUGGUUGGGGGACCAGAUGACUCCCCUCCACACCAUCCCACCCUGGGCCAUCGCUGUCAUCCUGUGUCUGCUGAUCGCCAUCUUCACCGAGUGCACCAGUAAUGUGGCCACUGCCACUCUCUUCCUACCUGUCCUCGCCUCAAUGUCCCAGUCCAUUGGAAUGAAUCCUCUGUACGUCAUGGUGCCUUGUACUCUCAGUGCCUCCUUUGCCUUCAUGCUACCUGUGGCCACACCGCCCAAUGCUAUCGUCUUCUCAUUUGGCUACCUCAAGGUUUCUGACAUGGCAAGGACAGGUAUAGUGAUGAACAUCAUCGGCAUCCUGUGCAUCACUCUGGCCAUCAAUAGCUGGGGCAGGGCCAUGUUCCACCUAGACACCUUCCCUACCUGGGCCAACACUACUGGGGUGUGA